UUUUUAAUUCGACCCCACAAACCACAAUGAAACCUUGACUCCCCUACCAGUACAAACCAUACGUACUCCCCUCCCCUGCACCACUCGCUCCUCACAUUCCUAGCAGCAGAGCAGAGCAGAGCAGUGGAGACUAGCAUGGGAUCUGAAUCUGAAGCACAAGCAGAGACGAGGGAGGAAUCAAGGUUGAAUACGAGGUCCACAACACCACCAAAGCUUUCCCUUUUCUCAAGGAUUCCACACCAGUCUCCUGAGCCUUCUCCACCUACAGGUAUGUUGACUCCACCACUCCGACCCCCUGCCUCCGUUCCUUUCCGUUGGGAAGAAGCACCAGGCAAGCCUCUGCUUCCCACCUCUACUGUCUCAGCGGCCAGAUGCUUAGAGCUCCCACCAAGGCUGCAGUUGACGGAGUCCUCCACUUCCAACAAGAAAUUGUCUAGCACCAGCAGCCGCACUCUCUCCCCCACCACUGUUCUUGAUGGCCCCGACGUUGGUCAUCGUCGCUCCUCAUCCUUCACUUCUUCUUCCUUUCCAAUUGGGUCCUUUCGCAGGGGAGGAAGCCCUGAUGAUAGUGAAGCCGAUGGGUUUCUUCAGCUUGGUCCCUUGCUUCAUGGCCAGAGAAGAGACAUCAGCAUCUACGGCGGCGGAGGCGGCAAAGGGUACUUUGGUUCUUGGAGUAGGAAGGCCUCUUCCUUCUCCUCUAAGAGGAAUCAGGAUGUUGGUGAGGGUGGUUUCGCCAUCUCCCUUUCCUCUUCUUCUUGUUCUGCUGUGGUUCCUGGAGUAGGAGUUGGAGAGAUUGGUGAUGGAUGGACUUCAAACACAAAAGUGAAGAUUACCAAUUUCAAGAGGACAGGGAGCUUCUUGAGCCUCCCCUACAACAAAGCAUCUCAAUUCUGGGCAAGCAUUUAUCAAGGAUUCAAGCAAGUGGUUCCACGGCGGAAAAGGAAGACAAAGAAAGAUGGACUCAGAGUUUGAUCGACCAGUCAUUCGAUCUACCCACCUUCACCACUAAUGAAGGCACCAACCACAAGCUGUGACAGAGGAAGCACUUACAGUUACAGGGUAGUCGCCUUCUUUCUUAUACCUUGCUGCAGCCUCGAUCUUCUAAUCUUCUUUCUGUAAAUAUGAAUUCCUAUGGUUGAAGACAAAAUGCUGCACAAGGCUUUUGGCCGUAAAAUAAAGAAAUAAAGUGCAAAAACAUCAUCAUCAACUAUAAGGAACUUUGACUCUGUAUUUGAUGUAAUUGUCAUUGUCGUUACGGUUUUUACAGAGCCCAAUUGUCAAAUUUAUGCUUAUUCAUCUACCCAAGAAAUCUUCUCAUCAGAGAUUGGAUGACUAUUUAUAGCUAAAA